AUGGCUGGCCCUAUUCUCUCUAGAGAGGAAGAAGCAGAGUUAGCUCGCAGUAACAAAAAAGUGAAGAAUGUUAGUCACGCCGGAUUCGAGGACCAUAUGAGGGAAGGCCUGACAUCCUUUCCUUUGAACUCUGGGGUAGCUAGACACCCUCUGUCUUUCAGGGAUAAGCUUGUAGGAGAAAUACCCGGUGCGUAUGUUCAAGCUUUUAACUUUUCUGAACUAAUGGAGGCAGACGAGGAUUCAGACUCUGAGAGUUCCAAUCUUAGAGAGGGCCUUGUUGCUGUUCCGUUCUCCAAAGAGCUCAAGAACCGUAUUAGGUCUCCGUGGAGCAAAAGUCUUAUUGUCAAAGUUUAUGGGAGAACUGUUGGGUUUUCUUUCCUCCAUGGCCGCUUGCUGUCAUUGUGGAAGCCGGUGGGGAAGCUUGACUGCGUGGACCUUGGUAAGGAGUUCUUUCUAGUCCGGUUUUCUGUCAGAGAGGACUGUGAAGCUGUGCUUAGAAAUGGUCCAUGGUUUAUAGGAGAAAAUUUUCUUUCCAUUAGGCCAUGGGAACCAAACUUUAAUCCAGCAGAGGCAAAUAUCUCGUCGGUUGCCAUUUGGGUGAGGUUGAAUGAGCUUCCCAUUGAAUAUUAUCAUGUAGAAGCUCUCCAACUCAUUGGGAAUGUGAUUGGCAAGGUGUUAAGAAUAGAUACAAAUACAGCUAAUGAGUCUAGGGGACGGUUUGCUCGCCUAUGUAUUCAGGUGGACGUUGGUAAGCCGCUUACCACAGCGCUGCUCAUUGGUGGAAAGGAACAACCCGUGUGUUAUGAAGGAAUACAGAGACUAUGUUUUUCUUGUGGAAGAAUUGGCCACCGACGUGAAAAUUGCCCUUUUGUUGUUCGGAAAUAUGAUUCUCAGGCGAGGGAGAAUGAUGAAAAUUAUGGUACGCCGGUGAACCAAGACGACGUUGUGCAUGCUCCUGCAAGUGCAGGUACCACGUCGGGCACGUCCAAGGACAAAGGAGCGUAUGAGUGUAUGGCAGGCGAGGAUGAGUUGGUGGACAAUGCCAAGGACGUUUACGGUCCGUGGAUUAUGGUGACACGCAAAAGGAAUGGGAACAAGGUGACAAAGCAAAUGGUCCCCACUGAUCAGAGCACACAAAAGAUGAGAGGGGAAGGAAAGUUUGGGUCUAAUAUUCCAACCCUUAGGGAAGGCAAGAGGAAAGGGGCCACGGAAGUUAAUCCAUUUGAGGCCCAAAUGGCCAAUGCGGUCCAAUCAAUCUCCAAUGGGCCGAAGCAUGCACACCAUAGUCAAGGACAGCCCCACGUGGUUAACAACAGCCCAAGAACUGAGUUAAGCCCCUCUGUUAGGGGUAAGAAAGGAAUGGCCAGAAAUAGGGCUUCUUUAACUUUGACUAAACAAGCAACAGCCAGCUUUGCAGUCAAAGGAGCGGCCACUAAUGAAAAAAUAUUCUCAGUAGAUAAUCCGUGUGCAAAUGGAAAUGAAACUUUCAACUUCCAAGCCAAGUCUAUUGGGCAAUCUUCAAGCUCUAGUUCUAAUGGCCAACAAAACCGUUCUUGGCAAGAGGAGAUGCAACCAGAAGAUCAAGCGGACAUGGAAGCUAGAGCUUGCUCUGUUAUGGUGGAAAGUGGGGAAGAUGAGUUUUCCCAUGCCAAAGCUAACCCAGGUAGGGCGGAGCUCGCGGCAGGAGGCCAGAAUGCGAGUGGGAGUAUCGUGGUGGAGAAGGAGAGGCCGGGCAUAGGCCAUGGUGCGGCUGAGCAGAUGGAUUUUGAAGAAGACAAAGGAGUGGGCCCUCCCUCCAGUUGA